AUGAACACCUCUUCACUUCUACUGAUUCUCUGCGUUGCGGUUGUGGCCGUAUGUGGAAUCAUCCGCGAGAAACGCCAACAACGAACCGUCAUUCAACGCACUGUGAUCAACCAAGGAUUCAAUCGUCCACCACCAUAUGGUGGUAACGCAUUCCAACCACCCUACGGUGGUAACGCAUUCGGUAGAAGCCCCUGGACCAACACCGGCUUCGGUAACGCCUGGGGAACUGGAUUCAAUCGAGCCCCAUUCGCUCCUCCUCAACCAACGGUGGUGAGAACGACGGUCAUCAGACAGGGUUAA